AUGCCAUCCAGGCUGAGGAGGACCUGGAAACUCCAAAGCCACAUGAGCCACGGUCGCGACCAUGUUGGUCAGCACCACAAGCACCGUGGGAAUGCUGGAGGCAUUCAUCACCUCAGGACCGACUUCGACAAAUAUCAUCCAGGUUACUUUUCAAAUAUCAUCCAGGUUACUUUUGGGAACGUUGGUGUGAGACCUUACCACUUAAAGAGGAACCAGAGCUUCUGCCCAACUGUCAGCUUGGAUAAGUGGUGGACUCUGGUCAGCGAGCAGACACAGGUCAGUGCUGCCGGAGCUGCCCCCUUCAUUGAUGUUGUGCACCCGGGCUACUGCAAAGUUCCGGGCAGGGCAGCUGUCAUCACGAAGGCCAGAUCCUUCAGCAGAAGCGCUGAAGAGAAGAGAAAGGCUGUUGGAGGUGCCUGUGUCCUGGUGGCUUAA